AUGCAAUAUGGUAUUGUGACUGCUGGCUUGUACUUCGCAUCUCUCCAGACGAAAGCAAUAUUCAUACACCAAGCUAUCAUGCAAGCCUUCAGAAACCUCUUCAAGAACGACCUCGUCCUCGUAGGCACAAACCUCACCGUUGUAGCCGGCUUCGCGACAUAUCUUGGAUCUCGGGUGACGAAGAAGCUGGACCACAUGGAGGAGGAGCAGGAGGCGCGCAUGGACGAGAUAGAAGGAACACUACGCGGUCAUAUUGGACUAAUUGAGGACUCGCUGGACAGGAUCGAGGGAAAGCCGAAUGCUGGAAAGCAAGAGAAACUGUACAACCAGAGGACGAGGGACGAGAAGGGAGGUGGGAAGGGACAGGACAAGUAG